GUGAACUUAACACAACUGCAAUUACAAAUUGGGAGUGCGUAUUAAAUCAUAGCACUUUGUCUAAUAUUGCAUGAUCUACGUUAUACAUAGUAAAUAACACUCACAAUUAUUUAGUUUAGCAGAAAUUGCUAAUGGAGAAUGAUGUUAGAGAAUCAAUAAUUCUUAAUUGUACUGCAAUUUGUGGGGAUGGCUACAUAGCAGGUCAGGAAUUGUGUGAUGAUAGAAAUUCGAUUGAAUUUUAUGGGUGCUUUAACUGUACCGUCCUUCUUCUUGUCAUAAGAAGUGGCUUAAUUACUUUUAAGGUCUACGCCUACUAUGUGAAGAUGGAUCAUAAUGUUUAAAUGUUUGCGAAGAUGGUCUUCUAACCAUAGAAUUAGAAUAAUGUGACGAUAGAAAUACUUAGAAUAAUGAUGGAUGCACUAAUACUUGUGAAGUUGAAGGUUAUUGGAAAUGCUCAUAAGAAAAUAAUAUUAGUUUGUGUUAUUAUAAGAUUCACACUCUGAUUAUCCUUACAAAGCUC